AUGAUGACUGUCUGCUUACAGACUGCUAAUCAUAACUGUGAUAGGAAACCAUUUCUUAACUCUUGCCCUACGGAUGCCCUAGACAGUGUUCUGUUCCUCAAGAAAAUAGACAAAUGUUGGCAAGAUCACUGCAGACAAAUGAUCAUGAUUAGGAGUAUAUUUUUGUUUUUGGAUCGCACAUAUGUUUUACAAAAUUCAAUGCUGCCAUCAAUCUGGGACAUGGGCUUGGAGUUGUUCCGUUUCUAUAUCAUCAGUGACCUGAAGGUGCAGAGUAAGACAAUCGAUGGGAUUCUGCUUCUUAUUGAGAGAGAGCGGAGUGGAGAGGCCAUAGACCGCAGUCUCCUGAGGAGUCUUCUGAGCAUGCUCUCAGAUCUGCAGAUUUAUCAGGAUUCAUUUGAGCAGCGCUUUCUGGAGGAGACAAAUCGACUGUAUGCUGCAGAGGGCCAGAGACUCAUGCAGGAAAGAGAGGUGCCAGAGUAUCUCCAUCAUGUCAACAAACGUCUGGAAGAGGAGGCAGACAGAGUCAUUACAUACUUAGACCAGAGCACACAAAAACCCCUCAUUGCCACAGUGGAAAAGCAACUGCUUGGAGAACACCUCACUGCAAUACUUCAGAAAGGUUUGAAUAACCUGCUGGAUGAGAACCGUAUUCAGGAUCUGUCUCUGCUGUUCCAGCUCUUCAGUCGUGUGAGGGGAGGCGUUCAGGUGCUUCUGCAGCACUGGAUCGAGUACAUCAAGGCCUUUGGAAGCACAAUUGUCAUCAACCCAGAGAAAGACAAGACAAUGGUUCAGGAGCUUUUGGAUUUCAAGGAUAAAGUCGAUCACAUCAUUGAUGUGUGUUUCAUGAGGAAUGAGAAGUUUGUUAAUGGCAUGAAGGAGGCUUUCGAGACCUUUAUCAAUAAACGGCCAAACAAACCUGCUGAGCUCAUAGCAAAAUAUGUGGAUUCAAAGCUCCGUGCUGGGAACAAAGAAGCGACUGAUGAGGAACUUGAGAAAAUGUUGGACAAGAUAAUGAUCAUAUUCCGGUUCAUUUAUGGCAAAGAUGUUUUUGAGGCCUUCUACAAGAAAGACUUGGCGAAGAGGUUACUGGUGGGAAAGAGUGCCUCUGUAGAUGCAGAGAAAUCAAUGCUGUCAAAACUGAAGCAUGAAUGUGGAGCUGCAUUUACCAGUAAGCUGGAAGGGAUGUUUAAAGACAUGGAGCUGUCAAAAGAUAUUAUGGUGCAGUUCAAACAGCACAUGCAAUGCCAAAAUAUUCCUGGGAACAUUGAGCUGACAGUGAACAUCCUCACUAUGGGUUAUUGGCCAACAUAUGUACCCAUGGAAGUACAUCUGCCUGCAGAGAUGGUGAGAUUGCAGGAGAUUUUCAAAACGUUUUACCUGGGCAAACACAGUGGACGGAAACUACAAUGGCAGUCUACGUUAGGACAUUGUGUUUUAAAGGCAGAAUUCAAAGAGGGCAAAAAAGAGCUGCAGGUUUCCCUGUUUCAGACUUUAGUUCUGCUGAUGUUUAAUGAAGGGGAGGAGUUCUCUCUGGAGGAUAUUAAACUUGCUACAGGCAUUGAGGACGGUGAGCUGAGGCGGACUCUGCAGUCACUGGCCUGUGGGAAGGCACGUGUCCUUACCAAAACCCCAAAGAGUAAAGACGUGGAGGAUGGAGACAAGUUCUCUUGUAAUGAUGAUUUCAAACACAAGCUCUUCAGGAUUAAAAUCAACCAGAUCCAGAUGAAAGAAACGGUGGAGGAGCAAGCCAGCACUACAGAGAGAGUAUUCCAGGACCGUCAGUACCAAAUCGAUGCUGCCAUUGUUCGAAUCAUGAAGAUGAGGAAAACUCUCAGCCAUAACCUUCUGGUGUCUGAAGUGUACAACCAACUUAAAUUCCCAGUCAAGCCUGCUGAUCUGAAGAAGAGGAUAGAGUCACUUAUUGACAGGGACUACAUGGAAAGGGAUAAGGAGAAUCCCAAUCAAUACAACUAUGUGGCUUAGAGAGAGGGAGAAUAAGAGGGGUAGAUGAGGGAUGUUAGAAAUGACAGGAGGAGGCUGUUCUCAGUGACGUUGUUUACUUCCCUUAGCACAUGGAGCCCCUUGUUCCAGGUUUUGUUCACUUUAACAUCUUCACCCAGUGACCAACAACUGAAUCAGUUUUCUCUUCAUGGAUUUGACAGGGUAGUGUAUGUUCUAUUUCUAUCAGAAUGGUGUGUCCAAUUAGAAGAAAAGAAAAUACAAAAUUAUUUUGUUAAAAUGCUUCUGAGAAUUGGACUAUCCCAAGUUUAAAAAGAAAAGUUGUUUAUUUUCAGACUUGGCUCCAUGGCUUUUGUUUGUCUCUGGCAUGUUUUUUUUUUUUCAUGGUUUAUUCAUGCAAAUAUCACAACAUAUUGACGUAUUACCUGUGCAAAGAAAACCAACACCAGAUUGAUUGAAUUUGACUCUCUUGUUCAGUCAGUGUUGUAUUGGGUAGCAGUGUGUGAAAACAGGUUUUCUCUUUGCCAAUGUUUGUUCAAAGAAAAGAAGAUUCAGCUGAUUGGUCACAAGCAAUUUAUGUUCUGUGAAUGUGAUUUAUUGAUAAAUAGAACAAUUGAGGCUGAUUGGAAAUUUCACAGUUUGUGCCAAGAUUAGAUAAAACCAAGCACUUGUUUUGUUUGUAGGAAUGUUAACGCUGCUAAACACUAACUUGUACAUCUUCCUUCUUUUUCCCUCCUUGCUUACACCUUCUCACAUUUCCUCCUCUUGUUUAUUUUGUAUAUACAUUUUACACACAACUUAGAUGUUUGACACUCUCGACUACAUUGCAACUGCAUUCUUUCUCCCUGGAAACUCUGAACAAGCACAGCAGCACCAUUUUAUCAUUCUAGUGUUUCCAAGUUUAUAUAACCCUUAAGUUCUGAAUUAGGCCCGUAUACUGAGAAGCUCCUCUGUGUGGCAUCACUGGAUCUGUCUGGAAUUUUUGGCAAUGGUGUUUUGAGAAAUCACACUUAAGUGGACAGUCGUCCAGUGUCUGGAAAAAGUAUGCUUGUUUUUAUUGCCUCAGAAUAAACAACUGUAUGUGUUUC